CAGACCCCCUUCGAGGGCGCUUUGUUGGUGUUGUAUCGGUGUUCUGGGAGCCGCGAGCCGCUGCCCGGUGGCGGGGCUCUGUCCCCGUGAUAUCGGUCUCUGUCGGUAGCUGCAGCCGGGGAGCAGUCGGACAUGUCGCUAUCGGUGUCCGCUGGGCGUCUCGUCCGGUUUUUAGCCCGCUGAGAACUUUCCGUGCGCCCGUGAAGUGUCCGCGGUCCACGCAGCAGAUGAACCCUGCGGCUCAGGAGACGACGCUUCUCUAGGUCCGCCGUCCGCCAAUUUCCCCAAGAUGCAACCUGUGAACUGAGGGGCGGGAACAAUGCCGCGCACCAAACAGAACAACCCCAAAAACUUAAAAGAUAAAAUCGAAGAGGCCCAGAAGGAGCUCAAAGACCCCAACGGCUCGCAGAAGGCGAUAUCUGACAGCAGUCGGAGAAAUGCCGAUAACGUGAAGGGCCUGAAGAGGAAAAAGAUCGUUGCGGAGAAUCGUCUGGAGAAGCUUCCCAAAUCGCCGGUGAAGAAGCCCCUGCAGUUGGAAACCUCUGAAACCGCACUGCCCGGAGCAGCGUCCAAGGAGACUACACCUUCGUCAUGCUGCUCCUCUUCCAACAGUCCGUCCCCCAAUCCUUCCACGUCACCCAGUGGGAACAGAGACCCACAAUAUGCCCAACCAGUUGCGACGUCCCCUCUCGAGGGGUCACCUUCCCCCGACGCUGAAGGGCUGAAGCAGGAAGAGCCGACGUCCAGGCCGCCGUCACUUGAGGAGGACUCGUUGGUCAAAGCGUCUCCGUCUAAAGACGGCGAGAGCAGAGACCCCAGCUCUGAGGGAGACCCUUACCACGGCAGUGCCCCUCUUGAUGUUCUGCUUAAGGCCAUGGAGCCUGACUUCAGUACCCUGGCCCAGAGACAAGACUGCCUGCAGGUCGCAGCCAUCGUAAAACCAGCUUCCACCCUUAAUGCCCAAUCGGGUUGUGAACUAACAUCAAUGCCUUCUGUCAAUAUUGCUCUCCAGAGCCAACCUUCGCAUAUGCAGACGUAUUAUAUUGACAAGCAAGGCAACUUCAUUGGCAUUGCAGCCCCGCUACACACAUCGACACAGGGUACCCCCAUGCUGUCCUCUCCACUUACCGCGCCGCAUUUUAUGCCAGAAAAUCCGAGCUUGCACAUGAGCUUUCACACCGGACCCUCGACUAUAACCCAUGCGCCUGUUCCCUCAGGCGCCAACGCGUUGCCACAAAGCCAACCGCCAGUCGUCCACACGUGCCAGUCCCACUCGGCAAGUGUUCCCAGCACCACCCAGGUCCCAGUCACACCUUGCAGCAACCAAGUGCAGAUGAAUUUUGGUGCCGAUCAGGCUUCCAAGGACCAAAAGCCGAAGAAGCCUGGAAAGUACGUUUGUGAAUACUGCAGUCGGGCGUGUGCGAAGCCCAGCGUGCUGCUCAAACACAUCAGGUCUCACACAGGGGAACGACCAUACCCCUGUGUGACGUGUGGCUUCUCAUUCAAAACCAAGAGCAACUUGUACAAGCAUAAGAAAUCACACGCUCACGCUAUAAAACUGGGUCUCAUUGCACGCUCUGAAUCUGGAGGCGGCUCGCUCUCUCAAGAAUCGGACAAAGCCCUCGGGACGCAUUCGGAGGCGGAGGAGAGUGGGGACAGCGACGAGGACGGUAGCACCGCGGACCUGGACCCUGACUCGUCCCAGAGCAGUGUGGCAGCGCUGUCUGAAAAUAGUUUACAGAGUCUAGGUACAACCCAAGCAAGUCACGGGGAAGCGGACUCGUCGGCUGCGUUUGAGUCAAUUAAACCAGCACCGGGUCAGAGUGCCCAUGAGUCCAAAGCGACAGCUGCCCUUCCAAAAGUUGUCGUAUACCCAGUUAAUGUCUCCCCUCUCAGGGCAGAUAGCCCGAGAGUGACAUGUGCAGCACCCGAGCAAGCGGCUGCCCAACGGCAGCGAGAGUUCCAGACGGCCAACAUGAGAUCAGGCAUCACAGUGCUGUCGUCUCUCAAAGAGGUGGACGGCACGAACCCCUCACUAGACACCGUGAGUGAAGAUGAAGACCAACGGUGCAAGUCUCCACUGUUGGGUGGACACGCUCAGCUUCAGAGGCAACAAGCGACCGAUUUCUCUCAACAGCAGCAGGCCAAGUGUCUCCUCAGCCCUCGCAGUUUGGGAAGUACAGAUUCGGGCUACUUCUCACGCUCUGAAAGUGCCGACCAGGCGAUGAGUCCACCCAGCCCAUUUGUGAAGAUAACUCCACCGCUGGACAUUGACAUUGCCAAGAAUACCCUCCCCAGUGACCCUCCUGCGGUCGCAACAGUAAUGCACAUAGCCGCUGAGCAGAAGCCCCGAGCCACAGGAGGACAGAUGCGUCCGCCAUUGGAAGCCAAAGCACUAUCUCUGGAGGAACGGAUUUCAAAGUUGAUAUCUGACAACGAGGCGGUCGUUGACAACAAGCAGCUGGACAGUGUGAAGCCGAGGAGGACGUCUCUCUCAAGGAGAGGUAGCAUAGACUCCCCUAAAUCAUACAUAUUUAAAGACUCUUUUCAAUUUGAUCUGAAACCAAUAGGAAGAAGGUCAAGUUCCAGCUCGGACAUCCCCAAGUCCCCAUUUACUCCGACAGAUAAAUCUAAGCCAGUAUUUCUUCUCUCCGUACCGUCUCAAUACCCACCGAUGGAUUGUUUGCCAAUAACAAGAAGUAACUCUAUGCCUAUUACACCGGGACACUCUGCUCUUCCCCUUAAUGUUGCCCCCCUCCCCCACCCUCUGCGAAUUUGCCAGUCAUUUGAUGACAAAAUGAGUUUGUUUAAUGAUGAUGUAUUUUCAUCAACCCCAUCAACCCCAAAUCCAGCAAUACAUUCUCGUACCUUAGUCAGACAAGCAGCGGUGGAGGACUUUACCACGAGUGAGGGGCACGGCCUCCCUACUGUUCGGUCCAUGGACGAGGGCUAUCAUGGUGCGAGCAGUUCCACGGAGCUGAUGCAACGAAGCAGAUCUUUUGAGCACAGUCAAGACAGAAAUAGAAAGCCCCAACAGAACAAAGGCACCAUGUACGAGUGUGAAACGUGUCGCAAUCGGUACAGAAAGUUAGAAAAUUUUGAAACGCACAAGAAAUUCUAUUGCUCUGAGCUGCACGGUCCUAAAAACAAGCCGAUCACGGUGAAAGAAACCGAUCAAGACGUUUUUCACGUGAACACAACGCAGCCCGUAGUCCCGAGGUCAAGUAGUGGCUCAGGAAUACUUGAUCAGCAGAUAUCGAUAAGGAAGAGAAGGAAAAUGAAAAGCGUUGGAGAUGAGGACGAUCAAUCUCCCACCGACACCAUCCCACCUUGUUCAGUUAGUUUUGAUCUACCGACAGCUUUGGCAAAGCAGACUAUGUCGCAGCACGCUGUAAUAGUCGACAUACAGCCCCAAAACAAUCAGUCAAAGCUACCUCAGAUUCAGCUCUUAGCGAGAAGUAUUUCGGAUUCCAGACUGUCGCCAAUACGAGAGACCCAGAUCAGUACUUCUGCUAAAGGAGAAUUGCAACGGCAAGGCAGUGGUACUUCAGUCAUCAGACACACCAACUCGCUCAGCGGACCCAACUCAUUUGAAACUGAAUCUUUUGACAGGGCCUCUCCGGUUGAUAUCCUGGAGAAGGAUCCCCUCAACAAACUAAAAACUGAUGCAAUAGCAAAUGUUUCAGCUGACAGCUACCAUGAGAAAAUGUCCCAACUCAAGAAUGCCGACUGUGGAAAACAAAGGCAGGAGCAGUGCGCUGAUGGCGCGGCAGCAGCAGUUGGUGAGAACACGACUCCCGUCCAUCAGUCUCGUCUGGUACGUCAAAAUAACAUCCAAGUUCCUGAGAUUCUGGUCACGGAGGAGCCCGACAGAGAGCACGAAGCGCAGACCACUGAGCCGUCGGAUAAGCCUGCAGAUCAAUUCAGCUGGCCUCAGAGAAGUGAGAGUUUGUCAAAGGUACCGCCAGAGAAACUUCCGCCGAAAAAGAAAAGAAUUCGUCUGGCCCAAAUGGAUCAUUCGUCAGGGGAAUCCAGUUUUGAGUCCAGCCUCUCGCGAAGCCUCAGCAGGGACAGCAGUCUUUCUCGUUGUUCCAGCAUCUCGGCCUCUUUUGACAGAGAUGAGCAAUCUAGGUCAGAGAGUCCUUCCAGAGCGGAGUUUGUCAGCAAAGUGUCCGAGCCUAAAGGUUUGCCAAUAGCCUUCAACACCCUCGGCGUGCCCGGUAUGAUGAGGCGUGCGGCAUCUGAACAGAUCACGUGUACUCAACCAUCUGUGGAGAUUUCAUGCGACUACCGUAGCAAGUCCUUUGACUGUGGCAACGUGUCCCCCAGCAGAUCUCCGUCACCUGUUGGCAAGCCCAAAAGUGGACAAAUGCCCCAAGUUUCCCAGGUGCCACUUAUUGAAAGGAGGCGGGGGCCAUUAAUUCCCCAAAUGUCUUUAAAGAUAAGCCCAGAGAGUCAGCAACCUGUCCGAAAAGCUGUCAUUCCUCUAGAUAAACCUCCCGUUCCAAAUGUUAGCUCUUUAACCUCGAACAGAUCCCAGCAGAUUCACGUUGCCAAUAGGCGCGCCACGGCUCAGCCUUUCGUCCUGCACGCCGGAGAAGCACCCUUGCUAAAGAACGAGCAGGUGGUGCAAAGCAUCCAUUUGGGUAGCGCCACUCAGCAGCCUCAAGUCCACGGCCUUCCACACCCUUGGCAUCAAACAUCAAGGAUUCAAACAUGCCAAAAGAUACAACCACCUCUGAGCCAGAUCGUAGUGUGUCGUGAGAAUGUCCAAAACAAACCAGCCAACUCUGAAGAGAAGAAAGAGAAAAGUUUCGUGCCCAAAUACCAACUGCAGUGUCCCGCUCCGAGAGCAAGCCAAACAUUCUCAUUCUCCAGCACACAGGGCACGCAGACAGCCUUGCCAGUUUUAACUAUUCCUAUUGCUAAUCCGAUUUUGAGCACGUCGGACAUCCUCCAAAAUGUAUAUGUUGGCCAACCCAAUCAACACGGUUCUGAGAUUAAGUCACAGCCUGUUGUAUUGUCAGGUGCACAGCAGAGGGACCCAUUCAUACCGACCCGAACAGGUGCUGUACCGCUGCCACAGAUCCUCAUCACUCAUGAGCACAUGCACCCCGCCCCCAAUAAAAAUAGCGUCAUAUCCACUCACAGUGUAGAGAGCGAUACUCAUGCUGUACCAACGGUAAAGAAGGACAAGACCCAAGCGGUCAACACUCAUAACCAUACUGGUGACCAAGCCCCUUCUCUCGGGUCUUUACAUUGCACACAGAAACUGUGGUCGGUGACUCUUUGCCCACAGCAGGAACCCACGGCCUCAAGCAAACGAAUGCUGUCUCCCGCCAACAGCUUGGACAUCUACAUGGAGAAGCAUCAGAAACGGGCUAAGGAUGAGCAUGGCGUGGCCUGUCUGACCGACGGCGGAUCGGUCAACUAUCUCAACUCUAAGAUGUCGGAGGUGACCAGACAGCGGAAGUUGACGCUUGUUCGGCAGGUUUGCACGACUGAACCAGUGGACAGUCCCAUUGAAACUGAGGCCCCGCCUCUGCCGCAGGUUCAAACAGAUGAGGGGAAGGACUCGCAGGCGACUGAUGACGUGAAGCCCAUGUCGCCUGACAGUGCCGGGCUGAAUAAAGACACGAGCACUGUUAUUCAUGAGGAGGCCAGCCCUGGUAGCCAGGGCACCUCCAUGCCAGCUAAUAACACUCUGAAACCCGAAGAGAAAGCCCAGGAACAGAGAUGGACUCCCGCCAGAUCCCCCAUUAGACCCUCGAGCUUCCACGGUGGUCAGGUGAAACUGACCACGUCCGUGGUUAACAACAAAGACAGUCAUCGGCUGUCUUUCCCCAGCCUGAAGACGGCCACCACUUUCACGUGGUGUUUUUUGAUGAAGAGGAAACCUCUUCCUGUUCCACAGACCGACCUGAAGACGUCCGCCUACGUCGUCUGGAGCGUCAGCCCCAACAACCCCAACCUGCUGGGACUGCCCACCAAGGUGGUCAUGUCUCUGUUUGACUCCAAGCAGAGCGCCAAGAAAGUCCACUACACCUCGGCCAUCAAAACUAGCGGGAAGUCGGACAUCUUGUCUUACUCGGCCAAGCUGAAAGACGUCAUGCCCAGGGUGCCAAUAACCCAGAAGUCUGUAUCGGUUGAGAGCAGAAGUAAACAACCGGAAACUCCGGUCAGCAGCGAGUCGGACAAGGACGUGGCAUCAAAAACAGAACCGAGACGGGUCAAAAUAUUCGAUGGCGGAUACAAAUCCAAUGAGGAGUAUAUCUACGUCCGUGGGCGCGGACGCGGUAAAUACAUCUGUGAGGAAUGUGGGAUCCGCUGCAAGAAGCCGAGCAUGCUGCGCAAACACAUCCGCACCCACUCGGAUGUGCGGCCGUACCACUGCGUCCACUGCAACUUCUCUUUCAAGACCAAAGGGAAUCUGACCAAGCACAUGAAAUCCAAGGCCCACAGUAAGAAGUGCUUGGAGAUGGGGGUCCCCGAGGGUCUCAUUGAGGACCAGGAUGCAGAGGACUCAGGCGACCGGAGUCAGGUGAGCAGCGUCGACCGCCAAGAUUCCGACGGGGACGACUCCGACGGCGCCGACGACGAGGAGAACGACGACAACGAGGAGGAAGAGGAGGACAGCCAGGCGGAGUCGGGCCUGUCCACCAACCCGUCCGUCUCCGCCAGCCCUCAGCACUUCCCUUCCCGAGAGGCGGAGGUGCCGCCGAGCGCUCUGCUGGCCAAGAUGUCAAUCUGCUCCGUCCUCCUGCCGCUGUCCUCCGAGUCCCACGCGUCGGACUCCGAGUCGGUCCCCAUGAUGAGCCCCGUGUCCCUGAGCAAGCAGAUGUUCCUCUCGGGGUCGUGCUGCGGCUCGAUGGCCCUCCCGUACUCCCCUCCGCCCGCCGCCGCCACGCUCGACUCCUACACCUCGGACCCGGAGUCGGUGCACAUGAUGAGCCCGGUGUCCCCGUGCAGGCAGAUGUCCAUCGACUACCCGGACUUUGACGGGCCCCCGAGUCCCCCAGUGACAGGCCGGGGCCCCAAGCUCGGCCAGGACACCUCCUCUGCACCUCCUGCUCCGGCGACCAGCGAGUCGGGCGUCCCCGUGAACCGCAGCACUCAGACUUCCUGUUCCGCCUCUCCAGGCUUCAUGCACUUCCCCCCACGGGGGCGACCCCGACCGCCGGGGGCCGACGCGCACCUGUUCAGCCACCUGCCCCUGCACUCCCAGCAGCCCUGCCGCUCCCCCUACAGCACGGUGCCGGUCGGGGGGAUCCAGCUGGGGCCCGCCGGCCUGGCGGCUCACUCCACCUUCGUCCCGGCAGUGAGCGUCAUUCACCGGACCGCGAGCCCGUCGCCGGCCGCCGACACUCCCCCCCAUCCGGAGGGCUUUCUGAGCCCGCCGCUCGUGAUCCAGGAGGCGGUCGGCAGCGGCGUGCCCCGCUUCCCCCCGCGGCAGACGAUCCCGCCGGUGGGUCUGGAGACGCUGAACCUCCUGGGGCUCAGCGGCACGGCGUCCACCCGGCUGCUGGCCCAGCAAGGACUCGCCCUCGGGCUGCAGGUGUUGGCGGCCGGCGCCGGCCCCCAGACUCACGCCCCGGCAGCUCUGCAGAUAGUCAACAUCGCCCUGCCCGCCGCCCUCAUUCCCUCCCUCGGCCCGCUCGCCGCCCUCGGCCCUUUCCCCGAGGCUCAGAGCGAACACUGGCGCCUCGGCCCCGCACGGAGCCGCGCGCCCGCCUCCCCGCUUCAGGUCGGCGGCGGUCCGGACGUGGCCUCGGGCGGCAGAGCGGAGCACGCACAGACUGCGGAGAAGUCGCCGCGGCGGCAUCGGUCGCCGGACGCCGCUAAGGAGUCACCGGCCGAGGGAGCGAGCGACCCUGCACCCCCUAGACGCCCCCCGCCCGUGGCCAGCUGGCAGCGGGCGACCGAGGACGACGACGAGGUGUCCAGCGAUGAUGAAGACAGACUGGUCAUCGCCACCUGAACGCCCCGGACGCUCCUCUCGUUCCCUUUUUGUAAUCCUCGUCACUUUGUAAGACUGAAAACACUUUCAGGAGGUCUGCUCGGUGCAGAUCUCCGUCCAAAGCACAGACGCUGACCUUCAUAUUGUACGUGCAAUCACAGAAAUUAUAAUAAUGACCAAUCAUUUUGAUUUUUUGUCGGCUCCAGACAAUUUCGUUUUUUUGUACAUGUUGUAUAGACGAUCGUGCCUUUAUGGAGUUUCUUGUUUCGGAACCUGUACAUACACUCAGUCGUUGCUUGUGUUUAUUUCAAAAAAAUGGAAGUAAAGAGACAAAUGGAGGGUAUGAAUUUAAUUUUGGAAGAUUUGUCAUUCGUAAAUUAAAUUUAUGAAAUUAUAAAUGUCGUACUGGUAUAAAUGUACAUUUCUAUGGAUUAUUGGGCAAUGUUUCUGUGUACAGAUGUUGUGUUCAACUAUUUAUUAUAAUCCACCUAGUGCCCAUUAUGAUUCAUAAAUCCAUAGCUAUGUGCAUUAUGGUAGCUUUACAUUGCUGUAUCAAUAUUCUUAACUGUAUCAGUAAAAAUUUGUUUACAAACAUUAAAGUGGUGUCACCGUA